AUGAAGAUCCUUAGCAAGGAGGAAGAGCAAGCCCAUUACAAUACCGCCGUCAAGGGCGGUAUUAAUGGUGGUCUCCUCGGUCUCGCAAUCGGCGGAGCUGCAGUCUUCGGCGGCCAACGCCGCUACCAACUCAUCAAGAACCUCACUAUCCCCAUGAAAGCCUUCCUCGUCACCUCCACCGGAACCUUCGUGGCCAUCAUCAACGCAGACCGCGCCUCGCGAGGCUACGAAUUCAACCGCGAGCCCCAACGGCUAUACAAGGACCGCGCAGCCAUAGAACUAGAGCUGCUGCACGCAAACGAGAGCACAUCCACCAAGAUCAAGAACUGGGGCCGCGAGAACAGAUACCCGAUCGUCACCGCGUCAUGGAUUGCCAGUAUGAUCAUCGCGUUUGCGAUCGUAGGCCGGAAUCCGCAUCUACCCAAGGCGCAGAAAUUGGUGCAGGCGAGAGUUUACGCGCAGGGCUUGACGCUCGCGGUGUUGGUUGCGACGGCGGCGCUGGAGGCGGGGGAUGCGGCGAAGGGGAAGGGGAGGUGGGAGACGGUUAUGAUUGUUGACCCUGAUGACCCGGAGCAUAAGCAUAUGAUUGAGAAGAAGAUCCAUCAUGAGGCUUAUCAGGGUGAGGAUCUAUGGCGUGAUAUGGUCGAGGCCGAAGAGCGCAAGAUAGCAGAACGCAAGAAGGAAGCUCAAGCCACUCGUUAA